AACAAUUAAGAUAGUUCUUACAAUAAAAUUAUCUUUAAUUUUUUUAACUAGCUUUUCUUCUUCUGUGUGUUAUUUUUUCCUGAAAUAAAACAUUCCUGCAAUUUCUUCAAACAUGUUCUUUGUAUAACUAUUGAUAUCACAACGCCACAAUAUUCAAUAUUUUUUCCAAUGACGCAAUAUUCGACAUUGAUUAAAAAUAAAUGAAAAUUAUGGUCGUUACUGCUACCAUUAUCGUCGAUAGCUAAUUGUUGAAAAAUUAUAUGUCAACGUGAUAAGAUGUGUAAUACAAGUGUAACAACGCAAUUCGGAACUCUAUGGAAAAUGGCAACAUAGUCACAUGUACACAUACUACGCAAUCGAAACAUUAUAUGCCCCAUCUAUGAUUGUUGCUGCUAGAACUAGUGUGAGUUAUAGGUGAGAAUACAAAAGGAGUUUAAUGUCACUGGUCACUAUCGCGCAGCGUUUAUACAGGGUCAUUGGUAAUUGGUGGUACAAGCGGAAAGAGGGUGAUUCUACGCGAAAAAAGAAGUCGAAAAUAUAGAAUAAAAAAAUUUUUUUUUUUUUUAAUUUUUCCAUCGAGACAACGAUCUACAGUGAGAUUCAUUAUAACGAGACGUGAUGAAGUGCACGCGGACCGAGCGAAAAUUCAAAGUCGAUUUUCUCGAAAACAAAGCCUCAAACGAAAAAUUUUUAUUCUAUAUUUUCGACCUCUUUUUUCGCGUAGAAUCACCUCCUUUCCGCUUGUACCACCAGUUACCAAUGACCCUGUAUAUUUGAAAAAUAAUCAUUAUACAAUGUCACUAUUUGCAUUUUUACAGGUAUCAUGACCUCUUUUUCACUUCAUUCGAUAUUUUUCGUUCUUAAUGAUCAUUUUCUGCAAAUUGACUGAUUACAUAUAAACUUGAUUUUAAUCGUUCUGUUAUAAAUAUGUACAUCGAAUACAAGAAUGACAAAUAAGAAAGCAAGAUGCAACAGGACACUCAAAAUUCAUUAGAAGUUAUUCGCAUAACUAAAAAGAUAUUUAAAGUACUUUCUAAAAUAUUUCAAAAACUAACAAAUGGAGAAAUGAUGUCAAUGGAUGGUCUUUUUUGAAAAAUGUCGAGCGGUCUGGCUCAAGUUGGAAAGAGCCGAAAAGAAAGAGAGAGAAUCUUUUGAACCGUUUGGUAUCGGGCAACUCAAACAUUUGGGUGGACUUGAAAAAAGUCGAGCAGUCUUUCAAUCAAGUGAAUACCAAUCAUGAGAACCACAAAAGUUACUCCUUUACGGCUGAUAUCCACCGGCUCUACUUUUCGAAACCGGUUAUCUGAACAUACAGAACAGUUAAAAAAAUGUGAUCCAGUAAAAAGAUCAACAGUUGAUCCUGCAACAGUAGAGUUUCAUUCUAAAAUGGGCAGUAGAUGGUGGGACACUAAUGGUGAAAUGCAUGCUUUGCAUUCGUUAAAUCCUCUUAGAGUACAAUUUGUUCGAGAUGGUCUAGCAAAUACAGGAUUCAAAAUAAAAUGUCCUUAUUUGCCAUUAGAAGGGAUUAAAAUAUUGGAUGUUGGUUGCGGUGGAGGAUUAUAUUCGGAAUCUUUAGCUAGAACAGGAGCAAACGUGACUGGGAUUGAUGUUUCUUCAGAGUUAAUAACGGUUGCAAAAGGACAUGCUGCUUUGGAUCCUAGUUUAGAUGGAAAAUUAAACUAUGUUCAGACAACUAUUGAAGAUUUUGCAUUGAUUAAUAAAGGAGUAUUCGAUGCUGUUGUUGCUUCAGAAGUUAUAGAACAUGUAAAUAAUAAGGAAUUAUUUUUAAAGUGCUGUGUAAGUGCUUUAAAAUCUGGAGGAUCAAUAUUUCUUACAACUUUUAAUAAAACGUUAUCUUCCUGGCUUGGAGGCAUAAUCACAGCUGAACAUAUUUUAAAGCUAAUACCAAAGGGCACCCAUGAUUGGAAUAAAUUUGUCACUCCUGCCGAAAUGCAGUCCAUAUUAGAAACAUGUGGUAGCAAGACAAAAUUGAUUCAUGGACUAUUUUACAAUCCUUUGAAAAGAGAGUGGUCUUGGAGGGCCUCAACAGCGAUAAAUUAUGCACUUCACGCGGUAAAGAGAAAAGAAGAGAAAUAAAUGACAUAUUCUAUUCUUUCAUGCAUUAUUAUUUAUAUAUUAUUUAUUGUUUAUUAUAUUAUAUUAUAUAUACUUUUAUAUGUUGGUAUUUAUAUACUUAUUGGGGUUAGUUCAGUAUUUUAUAUACGUAUGUAUAUAUUGUAAUUUAUAUAUUGAUAUAUGGCACUAUUAUUAUUAUUACUAUUAUAUUAUA